AUGUACGACACGAUUCGAAAUCGAUAUUCAUCCGAUACAAACUAUAAAACAGCUUUCGACAAUAUACAGCAGGAGUUGGAAUGCUGUGGUGUGAAGUCGUACACGGAUUGGUUGGGAGCUAGCUGGGAUAAGAAGAGCUCACAUAGCGACGACACCGAAGUCAGGAUAGAGCACGGAAUUGGGGCUGUCGGAGGAGGACGAGGCAACGGAUACGGCCGUGUUCCAACGUCGUGUUGUAACAGCCACGGAAAAGAAACCUAUCCUACAAAUUGUGGUGUCUCGUUCACUCAUGCUCCGCUGGAGACAUACCUCGAAUUCCUUCACGAUAAGGGAUGCGCCGAUGCGCUUUACGACUCAAUUUAUCGCCACUUGGACAUCGUCAUUGCUGUUUGUGUGAUCGUAGGCGCUCUUCAGUUACUGGGCAUGGUUCUCGCAAUGAUUCUCUGCUGCUGUAUCAACACGGAGAACAAAAAAUACGAUUACUAA